AUGGCGACUAAGGCGCUUGAGGCUCGCUUCAGGCAUAUGUCUGUUCAUGAUGAGAAUGAUGGGUAUGAUAGAAGUCAUUUGCAAAAAAUCAAGAUAAAUGACGAUGUUUCCAAGGCGGACAAACACCGAAGCCCUGAUUUCAAACGAGGUGCUGAAGACAAGAGCAAAAAAGUCACUUUGCAGGCUCGACAUCCCCUUUCCGUGGUUAUAACGUCGACAUCAGAUGCGGAGUUCAAGGCAGAAGACCGCGAUGCUGGUGAUGUAAAGACAAGGAGCAUGGCCACCAAAACCACUGCUUCCAAGCUCGCACAAUCAGGAAGUUCUCAAUCUUCGUCUCUAGCUCGACUUGCCCUCACUGCUACUCUUCCAGAGAGGCCCAAGGCAGCAGUGACAGAAGAACACCACGUUCCGUUGAUAACACAACCUUCUCCCAAGGCAUGGCAUCUAGGGAUGUUUGAAAUCGGCAAACCCCUGGGGAAAGGGAAGUUUGGCCGCGUCUAUCUUGCUCGAGAACGAGACACAGGCUUCGUUUGCGCGCUGAAGGUCUUACACAAGAAUGAGAUCCAACAAGGAAGAGUCGAAAAGCAAGUCGCACGUGAGAUCGAGAUCCAGAGCAAUUUACGCCAUCCCAAUGUCCUCCGACUGUUCGGCCACUUUCAUGAUAAGAAACGAAUCUUUUUGAUCCUCGAGUAUGCAGGCAAGGGAGAAUUAUACAAGCAUUUGCAAAAAGCAGAUCGGUUCCCUGAGUGGAAGGCUGCGCAGUACAUGUCACAGAUGGCGAGUGCUCUGAAAUACUUGCAUCAAAAACACGUCAUUCACCGAGAUAUCAAGCCUGAGAAUAUCCUUGUUGGUCUUCAUGGAGAGCUGAAAAUGUCAGAUUUUGGCUGGAGCGUUCAUGCACCAAGUGGGCGUAGACUCACACAGUGUGGAACUCUAGAUUACUUGCCCCCAGAGAUGGUCGAUCCAAAGAGAUGUGAUAAGCCUUAUGAUGAGAAGGUGGAUCUAUGGUCGCUGGGUGUUUUGAUGUACGAGUUCAUUGUGGGUAGGGCGCCUUUCGAGGACACACCUGCUAUAACACAAAGACGAAUCGCUAGGGCGGAUAUGACGAUUCCUUCGUUUGUUAGCCUCGAAGCUCAGGAUCUUAUCAAAAAGGUGAGCCUCCACUCGUUCCCAAAAACAGUCUCAAUCCCAAUACUAACUAUGGUUCAGUUACUUGUGCUUGAUUCAGCCCGAAGAAUUUCUUUAGAUAAGCUUCAACAACAUCCCUGGAUUCUCAAACACUGUCAGAAAGCUGGAAGUCAAGAGGAGUCUUGA